UGUCACGGAGAGCAGCACCAGUUAACAAAAAAAAAAAAAAACACGGGGACCAUGGCAGGGGCCCGGACUCGAGGAAGCUAGUUAGCUAGAGCGCGAUAUGUUCGAAGAGCCAAACCCGACCGCGAGCGAAAGGGGGAUUGCAAAUUGCAAGCAGGAGGCGAACAUCGCGGGCAGCAUAACUGCAAAAGUUGUUGCUGUUGCUGAAUCAUCGAUGUAUGCCACGAGAUAUGUCCGAUGAUCUCGAAAAGCCGUUCAGCCACACGCUGAACGAGCUCAGGAAACACUUCAAGACCAAAGCCAAGGCGAACAUGCUUGUCUGCUUGAACCGUCUCAAGAGCGACGUGCAGUCGAGCAAGCGCUUCGUCAAAGCUGGCGGCCUAGAUCUGCUUGUCCAGCUGCUCAGAUUCCAGGAUGUCAAGAUCAUCAACGCCUCGCUUAGUUUGCUUGCCAAUUUAUGCAUGAACUCCGACGUGAGACAGCAGGUGCGAGAGACAAACAUAGCUACCAAUACCUUAUGGGUACUAGAUAAUUUGAAUCCCGGUGAUAAUUUACACUGCAGAGCUUGUAGGCUCAUAGGAAAUUUGUCAGACUGUAGCUGGCAUGCUAAAGCAUUCUAUGAUGCUGGAGCAGUACCUAUUAUGCAUGAUGUGUUACGUACAAAAGCCAAUACCCAAACUUAUUUGAUGGCCAUAAGAGCAAUAAGGAAUAUUUGGAGCAUGUAUGAUCAGAGUAGGGAUAAAAUCGUUUCCAGUGGUGUCAUCAAAACAAUAACGACGAUCUUUAUUAGUGCUGGCAAGAAAUCCCAGGAUAUCAGGUAUUUGGACUUGGCAGAAACCUGCAUGAAAGCAAUGGGAGCCUUUCUUGUUGGUUCAAACAACGAUCACGCCCAGCAGAUGGCUGGUGAAAAUCUGGACGGUUAUCGUACUUUAGUUACCUUUUUGAAGGCUCAAAAUAAAUUGGCCAUACGAUGCAUGUACAGUUUGUCAGCCAUAGCCGAGUGCAGGCCACUGCUGGGUAACUGUGGUGCUGUAGACACUACGGUGCAACUGGUCGAGAAUCAUGCUGCUCCUUUUGGCGAAAUCGUGGCAACGUUAUGUUUGUUUUGCCGCGAGGCGGUCAAUCGGAUUCGAAUUCGCUAUCGUUUAGGACUCCAGGCGAUGAUGGAGUUGAUGAAAAGGAAGGACCACGAGAGAUACCAUCCUGUAUUGCUUCACGGAAUUGUUCAAUUCGUUUACGACGACGACAGUAUAAAGAUUAUGCUAGAAAACGGCUUGCUUGACAUUUUGACGGAAAAAAUGAAGUUGAUGGCCGUUGAGUUACCAGAAGAGCUGGAUGAAAAAUUAACGCCAAAAAAGCGCAUAGGAGAUCGGUCGCCACAUAGGAAACCUGAUAUUAAAUACAAUAAGACUAAUUCAGGAAGGUUUAGUUUAGAUUAUCAACAAGAUGACUGGAGCCCAAGGAGUUCUAGGAGUGGCUCAUCCACUCCACCUAGUACGCCUCCUAUGAAAUUGUUUGAGGACAACAAAGACUCUAUUGAGAACUGUGAGGAAAAUUAUAGUCCUGUUUGUAGUGAUGAUGAGUGGGCAGAUGAAGAACUGCAAGAAGAAUUAGGAUCGUUGAAAAGUUUUUCUUCUGCUACAGUUGAAGAAAUCCAAGAAACAAAUAGAGUCACGAAAAUGGAAGUCAAUAAGCAUGCUAAUGUUUGGACAUUGGUGCUGCUGAGUAAAUUGAGUCACUUGAAUAGUCCAAUCGAAAGGCUCGCCGAUCCGGACAUGAUUAAAUCUCUUGUCACAUACAUUAGACUUGCAAAAAAUCCAAAAGCCUCUCGGAUACUCAGUAGAAUUGUCAAAAAUCAAGCUUAUUUGAUGCCGUUGAUCAAACAAGGUUUUGUAUUUGAAGCGCAGGAUCUGAGUGGCAUUGACUCGUACGCGCGCGAUUUGAGUGCCCUAGCCGAAACCGGUCCCGCGAUGGGAGAAUUCAGGUCGAUUUUACUACGUCUCCAAGAGCCUCAUCGUUUCAUGUUUGCCAUUUCCAUUCCCUUUCUUAUAAAAUCGAAGGAUCAGUUACGUUGCCUGCUCUGUACUUACGGCGCAAUGCCUCUCAUAUUCGAAGUGCUAUCGGACAGCGAGCAUCAGUUGCAUAAAGAGGCGGUGUGGUCGAUAUGUCAUCUUGCUGACUCACUCGACAUCAAGCCCGAAGUGCUUGACAAGAGUCAGAUAAACGAUAACGGCCUUGUAGCUCACCAUGAGACUAGUCUAAACUGCAGUGUAGAUAAUCCUGUAAAGCCAACGACAGUUACAUUCGAACUGGACGAUGGGACGACGGUAGACGCGUGUCGUCGUGUGCUGUGCCAACGCUCUGACGCCUUUUCAGCUAUGUUAGAAGGCAACUUUUCGGAAUCGAAUAAGCGUCGCGUCAAGCUAAAGAAUACUACCAAGGACGGUCUCACAACUCUGCUGUUAGCUGCCAAUGGUUCUGACUUUGACGACAAUCAAAUCGAAGCUCUGCUUGAUGGUGCUCUACUGGCAGACAAGUUCCUUAUGGCUGAGAUCUCGGAUCAACUAACCGAGAGUUCGAUAUCCAAACUGAAUUACAAAAACUAUUUCAGAGCGUGGAUGUGGGCGCGCAGCAAUGCAUGCCAUGAGCUCAAAUCCUGCUGUGUCAAGAGUUUCUUAACCACGAAGAUGUCUAAAACUCAGAGACUCAGGGCCUUUAGGGAUUUUGCGACGAACGAUCAUUUUAAAGAGUUUCUUGAUGAAAUCCAAGAAAUCAUCAACACUGUUCUUGUUCAUCGUUGAACUUUUUAAUGCCAUUUCAUUAUCAGAUACUUAACGAAAAAGCAUAAUAUAAUUUGUAAGUACGUUUUGUACAAACUAAUAUCCUAAAUAACGUACGUUUAACUUUAAAUUCAGGUGAUGAAGUUACUGUGACUGUGUACCUGCUUUAAAUAAAAAAAAAACGUUUUUAUAUUCUUCA